GGGUAGCACAAUUCCUCCCGCGUCCCUGCGGGCCCUGAAGCCGGGCACUGAAGCAGUGCAGUCCCAAGCUUCCCCUGCAGAAGCCGCGCUCCCCACUCGGUUCGGGGGUAGAGGGGGCGCGAGAGAGCAAGUGGGCGGACGUCCCAUCCUCCGCAUCCACCUCCAGGUCCUGGCGCGCAGGGUGGGAGCGCUGCGCGCCUCCGCGCUGCGCAUAGCGGCCCGCUUGCCGCCUGCCCCCUGCCCUAGCUGGGCCGCCUCCCCGGGCUGCGGGUGGAGGGCUAUAAGGCGCUAACGUUACGCUGUUUCCGGUUUUCCAGCGGGCUCUGGUUUCCCCUCCCAAGGCGGCGGCGGCGGCGGAGCGGCGGAGCCCCCCAAAUGGCCUGGCCAGAUGCGGCAGGUUUGCUGCUCAGCGCUGCCGCCGCCGCCACUGGAGAAGGCUCGGUGCAGCAGCUACAGCGACAGCAGCAGCAGCGAGAGGAGCAGCAGCAGCAGCGGCGGCGAGAGCAGCAGCAGCAGGAGCAGCAGCAGCGACAGCAACAGCGGCAUCUCUCGUCCCGCUGCGCCCCCAGAGCCGCGGCCGUCGCAACAGCCGCAGCCCCGCAGCCCCGCAGCCCGGAGAGCCGCCGCCCGCUCGCGAGCCGCAGCCGCCGGCGGCAUGAGGCGCGACCCGGCCCCCGGCUUCUCUAUGCUGCUCUUCGGUGUGUCACUCGCCUGCUACUCGCCUAGCCUCAAGUCGGUGCAGGACCAGGCGUACAAGGCACCCGUGGUGGUGGAGGGCAAGGUACAGGGGCUGGCCCCGGCCGGCGGCUCCAGCUCCAACAGCACCCGUGAGCCGCCCGCCUCGGGUCGGGUGGCACUGGUGAAGGUGCUGGACAAGUGGCCGCUCCGGAGCGGGGGACUGCAGCGCGAGCAGGUGAUCAGCGUGGGCUCCUGUGCGCCGCUCGAAAGGAACCAGCGCUACAUCUUUUUCCUGGAGCCCACGGAGCAGCCCUUGGUCUUUAAGACAGCCUUUGCCCCUCUUGACACCAACGGCAAAAACCUCAAGAAAGAGGUGGGCAAGAUCCUGUGCACUGACUGCGCCACCCGGCCCAAGCUGAAGAAGAUGAAGAGCCAGACGGGACAGGUGGGUGAGAAGCAAUCACUGAAGUGUGAGGCAGCAGCUGGUAACCCCCAGCCCUCCUACCGCUGGUUCAGGGACGGCAAGGAGCUCAACCGCAGCCGCGACAUUCGCAUCAAGUACGGCAAUGGCAGAAAGAACUCACGACUACAGUUCAACAAGGUGAAGGUGGAGGACGCUGGGGAGUACGUCUGCGAGGCUGAGAACAUCCUGGGGAAGGACACCGUCAGGGGCCGGCUCUUCGUCAACAGCGUGAGCACUACCCUAUCAUCCUGGUCGGGGCACGCCCGCAAGUGCAACGAGACAGCCAAGUCCUAUUGUGUCAACGGAGGCGUCUGCUACUACAUCGAGGGCAUCAACCAGCUCUCCUGCAAGUGUCCUGUGGGAUACACCGGGGACAGGUGUCAGCAGUUCGCAAUGGUCAACUUCUCCAAGCACCUUGGAUUUGAACUAAAGGAAGCCGAGGAGCUGUACCAGAAAAGGGUCCUGACUAUCACCGGCAUUUGCGUGGCUCUGCUGGUCGUGGGCAUCGUCUGCGUGGUCGCCUACUGCAAGACCAAAAAACAGCGGAAGCAGAUGCAUAACCACCUUCGACAGAACAUGUGUCCAGCCCACCAGAACCGGAGCUUGGCCAAUGGGCCCAGCCACCCCCGGCUGGACCCUGAGGAGAUCCAGAUGGCAGACUAUAUCUCCAAGAAUGUGCCAGCCACAGACCAUGUCAUCCGGAGGGAAACGGAGACCACCUUCUCUGGGAGCCACUCCUGUUCUCCUUCUCACCACUGCUCCACAGCCACGCCCACCUCCAGCCACAGGCAUGAGAGCCACACGUGGAGCCUGGAACAUUCUGAGAGCCUGACCUCCGACUCCCAAUCGGGCAUCAUGCUGUCAUCAGUGGGCACCAGCAAGUGCAACAGCCCAGCGUGUGUGGAGGCGCGGGCACGGCGGGCGGCAGCCUACAGCCUAGAGGAGCAGCGCAGGGCUGCUGUGCCACCUUACCACGACUCCAUAGACUCCCUGCGUGACUCCCCGCACAGCGAGAGGUAUGUGUCGGCCCUGACCACGCCCGCGCGCCUCUCUCCCGUGGACUUCCAUUACUCGCUGGCCACGCAGGUGCCGACUUUCGAGAUCACGUCCCCCAACUCGGCGCACGCCGUGUCGCUGCCGCCGGCCGCGCCCAUCAGCUACCGCCUGGCGGAGCAGCAGCCGCUCCUGCGGCACCCGGCGCCCCCCGGCCCCGGUCCAGGGCCCGGGACCGGUGCGGACAUGCAGCGCAGCUACGACAGCUACUACUACCCCGCGGCGGGACCGGGGCCGCGGCGCGGGGCCUGCGCCCUAGGCGGCAGCCUGGGCAGUCUGCCCGCCAGCCCUUUCCGCAUCCCCGAGGACGACGAGUACGAGACCACGCAGGAGUGCGCGCCCCCGCCGCCGCGGCCGCGCGCCCGCGGCGCGUCCCGUAGGACGUCUGCUGGACCCCGGCGCUGGCGCCGCUCGCGCCUCAACGGGCUGGCGGCGCAGCGCGCACGCGCGGCGCGGGACUCGCUGUCGCUGAGCAGCGGCUCGGGAGGCGGCUCGGCUUCCGCCUCGGACGACGAAGCGGACGACGCGGACGGGGCGCUGGCGGCCGAGAGCACGCCUUUCCUCGGCCUGCGUGCGGCGCACGACGCGCUGCGCUCGGACUCGCCGCCGCUCUGCCCGGCGGCCGACAGCAGGACUUACUACUCCCUGGACAGCCACAGCACGCGGGCCAGCAGCAGACACAGCCGCGGGCCGCCCCCGCGGGCCAAGCAGGACUCGGGGCCCCUCUAGGGCCCCCGCCGCCCCCUCCGCCUCGCCCGCCCCACUGUCUUUAAGGAGAACAGAGACCGCCGACUGGAGAGAGAAAGGAGGGAGAAAAAGAAAUAAAAAUAUUUUUAUUUUCUAUAAAAGGAAAAAGGUAUAACAAAAUGUUUUAUUUUCAUUUUAGCAAAAAUUGUCUUAUAAUACUAGCUAACGGCAAAGACGUUUUUAUAGGGAAACUAUUUAUAUGUGACAUCCUGAUUUACAGCUUCGGAAAAAAAAAAGAAACAACAAAAAAAAAGAGAGAUGGGCCAAUUUUUUGACUCUUUAAUAGAAACCUAUAUUGUGGUGCCUUUUGCUGUACGCUAAUCUGGAGCUCCUGGAGAGAAGUCUAGGUUGCGGGGUGAGGGAAUGUAGGAUCCCAAGCUGGCUGGGGUCAUGGGAGGUGGUGGUGAGAGAAAGCAGGAGAGGGGAGGCUGCGGGAUUGGGUUCGGGUGGGCGUGAGGCUGGGGGGCCCCAACGAACGACAUGAGGUCCGGAGUAGCUUUGCCCCAGUGCAAGAUCUGGAGCCCUGGGCCCCCUGAGAGGGCGGGGAUCCUAGGUUUGGAGCUAGAGUUGGGGGUCAGGUAACGUCCAGGGGGAGACUAAGGCCCAGCGACAGCAACCAGAAUGGGGAGGGGGCCUCCCCGCUCCUCACAGCUGCUAAGGGAGGGGCGCACUGAGAAAGAGGUCUUCCCAACAGCCUCGGCCCUGGGAGGGGGCAGCUCUGCCAGGGCCCCAAUGUUCGUGGCUCCUCCUCCCCUAUGGCCUCCAGGAAGCCCCUCCGUCCUCUGCAGCACCUUCGUUUACAGGUCGUCUUUUCUAUUUUAUGCCUGCAUGUCCUUUGCAUUUCAGAUUCUUUAGAUUGGAUGCAUGGUCACGCUGGGACCGAGAAGAGCCACUCGACAGUGUAUUUGAUUCCCCUCUUAGCAAUAAAGUAACACCAUUUCCUUCUCACAGCCCAACUCCCAGCCUCUAGCCCACCCAUGACUUCCACUCCCUCUCCAGCCCUGACCUCGCCACCCUCCAAAACUGGGUCCACUGCUAAUUUGUCAAAAAGGUAAUUGUUUAAAAAAAAAAAAAAUCCUAAGCAAAUGGGAAACCUGCCCCUUGAAAUGUCCAAACACCUGACUGUUGACACUUGAACAUUUUUAUAUUAUAAAUAAAAUCAGAAAUAACUAAUGUUUGACUGCGUGUGCCUAGCCCCCAGGUGAGGAGGGAGACAGAGGAUGAAGACCUGUGAUAGAGAUGGAUGGAUGUUGGUGUGGAGGUUGGAGAGGGCCAGAGCAGUACCUGGGAGAAGAGACCCUCCCUUCAAUCUCCCUGCCUUCGACUCCCAGGACAGGCUCCAGCCCUCCUCCCUGUUCUAAGAACGUUCACAAGGUGUCCCCCAGCUCCCCACCCACCACCCCCUGCUGCUGGGGAACCUGGCCAAGGGGCUGACACAGAUUACUCUGCUUCGAGCUCAGCCUCAGAGCCCUGGCCCAGUUCCUGCCCUGGAGCUACAGGGGCCGGAAUGAGGCAAGAGUUUCUGGGCCUAGGUGGGUGAGGAGGGAAGGGUUGUGAGGUUGGCACUGAAGCAGCUGAGGCAAGAUGACCCUUGGGGCCUCAGGCAUGUCACAGGCAAUGUGUGGACAUGAAAAGUGGCAUAAUGGGUACCCUCAGCUGCCAGGAGGACCACAGCUGCUGCAGCUUGUAAGCCCACAGGGUGUUGGGUUUUUUUUAAUAUCCCCUCAAAGCCAGGGCCUGUCUAAACUUGCAGUCCCUGAUGAAGGGUACGUGAUUUCAGGCAUGGAGAAGGAAGAUGGUGUCCAGGGUGAGCCUUUCCCCUCAUUGAUUAAUGUUACUAAGCCAAAGCCCAUCACCAGGAACCAUUAGGUUCCAACCAGACACAAAGGAGUCAGCUAUCCAAAGAGCUCCCAUGGUUGACGUGUGGGUGUGUGCACAAAUGAGCCCGGAAUAUGUGUAGUCAGCUCAGAGACCUACACAUGCGAAGGACAGAGAGGCUUAGGGUUGAAAGGGCUUAGGUAUCAACAGGGCCUUAGUUCAAAUUCCAGCUCUGCCCCUCACUAGCUCUGUGACUUCUCUAGGCUGCACUUGGCUCAGCUGGGAAAUGGUGAUGCUAAUACCUACCUCAAAGGGUUGCUGUGGAGAUUAUAUAGGGCGCCCAGGAUUGCUUCUGGCACAUGAUAGAUGUCUAUUAAUGGCUAAUUUGAUGAUGAUGAUGACCAUAUCCUGUGCCUUGCAUUCUUGAGUCACACAGAGAGUGGCAAAAACUGGAUGAAAGGGAAGUGAUGGAGAAAAGUAAAGAACUAGACACAUAUUCAUGUGGGGAUGCUGGGAGAAAAAGUACCUGUUACAAAGAAAAAAAGGAAAUUAAUGAACUAAAUGCUACACAAACCUGCAAAUCACUGACUUCUCUAGCCCCUGAUGAUCUCAUCCAGAUCCCUGUACCGGCUCUGAGUUUGCUAUUGCCUCUAAAAUUUUCUGAGAGCCAGUAAUUCCUCUAUGUGAUUUAUGAUCUCUGUAUGACCCUGAGUAAUUCUGAAUGACCUUUUGGUGAACCCAUCGACCUUUUCAUGACCCAGUUUAUUGUCCUCAUUUGACCCUUCUGAGGGCCUGAGUUGCUAAUACCUUCUAAAUUUUCACUCAGAAACCACUUCCAUGACUCCAGUGAGCACACCGACCUCUAUGUAACCCAAAGUAAUUCUGGAUGACCUCUUGGUGAACCUAUUGACCUCUAUGUGACCCCAAGUAAUUCUGAAUGACCUCUUGGUGAACC